GCGCCGGAGAGAGAGGAACGAACUCGAUCACCAGCAGCAGAGCAGCAGCAGCGCCGCCGCCGCAACGUCCCUGCCGUCGUCGCUGUCGUCCGACCCUAUAAUACACUACACAUCAUAGCUCUCGACGUCGCGGUCUAAAAAAACUCCUCUCGCGCGCGAGCGCGACAGUCAGUGCCGCGAUACUCUUCUUCGUAGUGUCUCAGUGCGAGUGUGUAUUGUAUCCGCCGCACCUUGUACAAUAGGGCCCGCAGAGCUUCGGAGUAGAUUGUAAUAUAGUGCUGCGACUCCCCCGCACGCGAGGUGUGUGCGUGCACACGCGCGAGAGCAGUGAGAGAGAGAGAGGAGCGAGCAGCCUACGUCGUCAUCAGUUUUCUUUUUCCUCCGGAACGUCGACUCUGCGAACGGAAAAAAAGAGAGAGUGCGAAACCGAAUCUUGUGCGUGCUCGGCCGAGCGCGUGUGUCAUGCCAGGUACUUAGUACUGGCCCGGAGAGUCAGCAUCAUCUCGGAGUGAAAGAGCAGCGAAGAGGAGAGCAGCCUCGUUGACAUGGAGGUCCCACUGCUCGGCCGCGGACGACUGGCAGCUCACCUCCCGUCGUCCUCGUCGUUUGUCUGCCGUUGCAGCUACUACUAGCCUCUCUCUCUCUCUCUCUCUCUCGUUCUCAUCCGAUACCUACACCCAUUACCAAAAAAGGUUCAUUCACCUCCGUCUCUCUCGCGCGCAACGAGAGCUCUGCUCGUUACACUGCUCUUCGCUUACUUCUACGGAUACUGUAGAGAAGUAGCGCGACGACGACGAUGGCCUCGACCUCGAGCGACUCGGCCCAGGUGCUCAUGAACAAGGGCAAGCGCGCCGCCGCGGCCUGGAUCUACGACCAGUGCAGCCAUGCCGCCAGCUCGGAGCAAUCCUCCAUCUCGCCCGACAUGCUCAAGGAGCUGCUGGACAUCCUGCUCAGUCCUAGCAAGCCCAUCGACGACUGGGAGACCAUCGACUGGUGCAAAUGGCUCAUGGCUGGUAAUCGGAGUCCCGAUGAGUUUGCCAACACAGUGAGGAUCUACGACAAUGCCACCAAAUGUGGCCUGGUUUGGACGCCAAAUUUUGUGGCGUACAGGUGCCGUACCUGUGGUAUCUCCCCGUGCAUGUCCCUCUGCACUGAGUGCUUCAAGAAGGGAAAUCAUCAUAGGCACGAUUUCAAUAUGUUCCUUAGUCAGGCUGGUGGUGCAUGCGACUGCGGAGAUACUUCUGUUAUGAAGGAAGCAGGAUUCUGUGACAGGCACGGACCAAAAGCUCAUGUCAACAAAUCUGCUGCGCCAUCUGACCUAAUGUGUGUUGCUGAGGCCAUGAUGCCCAGGAUCAUAUUAAGACUCAUACAGCACCUGAGGGAAAACUGCAAAAAUGGCAUUCCUGACCACAAAGGUUCUAUCCAGGAGGCUGAUGCCUAUUUAAAAAUGCUACUUGACCUCAAUAAUAUGGGAGCAUUGAUGAGACGUGUGAUGACAAUAGCACUCACCAAUCCCCAGAAAUAUCGCGGCUUUAUGGAUCCCUCAAUUUUUGCUGGUCAAUCCGAAUACGCCGCCUAUUGUCAAGGUAGCAAUGAAAAUUAUCAAAAAGCUAUUAAAAAUCUACCAAAUCCUGAACCCCCAGAUGAAUAUAAAGAGUGUGCAUCUCUUCAAGAACAUUUGGAACACACGACGUUCUUGGAAGAAUUAGUAUUUUGGACAGUGGCUUAUGAAUUUCCCCAGAAACUAGUUUGCCUGCUCCUAAAUAUGUUACCUGAUCCUGAUUACAAGGAAGCACUCACUCGGGCUUUCGUUUUGCAUUAUAGCAGGAUAUCAAUGAUGCUUGAACGUUCUACCGAUCCCGACACCUUGAGUAACCGUGUGGUUCACGUCAGUGUGCAGCUAUUCAGUAACGAAAGUUUAGCAGUAAGGAUGGUGGACCAGCUUAAAUUACUUCACGUCAUGGUGAUUAGUUUGAAAUACAUGAUGAGCAAAAUUCUAAUUCAAAAUACACUUCACGGUAAUGAUCCAGACAAAAAUUUCCAUUAUGUAGUAGACUGUGGGAGGCAAGUAAUGAAGGAACAUUGUUAUUGGCCCCUGGUUUCUGAUUUGAAUAAUGUUCUAUCUCAUAAACCAGUAGCACAAAGGUUUAUGAAUGAUGAUACUUUGCUAGAAAUGUGGUUCGAUUUUCUAUCCAUGUUUCAAGGAAUGAACGUUAAUCAAAGAGAGUUGAGCCAGCACGUCGAAUUCGAGCCUAAUACAUAUUACGCUGCAUUCAGCGCUGAACUUGAAGCAAGUGCUUAUCCAAUGUGGGCUUUAGUUUCGCAUCUACGAGGAUCUGACAGUGCUAUACUAAGCCGUCGUGUUCUCAAUUUUUGCUUAACUGCUCUACAAGAUUGGUUCGAUGGUAUUAAUUACACUGACACAAAUGUGAGCGACAGUCUUCAGGUGUCGUUUCAUCUGCCGCUCCAUCGUUACUUCGCAGUUUUUCUAUGCCAAGCAGUUCGUCAAAAGAGUGCAAUGCUGAACGAACUGCUGCCUCCCACUGAUAUGCUACACUUGCUGAUGAUGCAUCCUCUUCGUGUUCAGGUCGCUUUUUACGAAAUCCUCAACAAUCUAUGGGUCCGCAAUGGAUUGCAAAUAAGAGGACAGGCAAUGACUUAUAUUCAAUGUAAUUUCUGCAAUUCAAUGGUCGAUGCUGACCUGUACCUGUUGCAAAUAUGUGCCACCAAAUUGCAACCUGAUGUAUUCCUGUCAACUAUCAUUGAGAAAUUUCACGUUAAAGAAUGGAUGAGCCUCAGUCGCUAUCAUGCUCCUCAGAAUGAGUACCUAGAGGGGGAGCACGAUACUUCAAUGUUAGAAAGUUGUCUGACCUUUUUGGCCACAUUAGUGAAUGUACGAACUAAUUUAGGUCUGUCAGAUGUAGAAAUGUCACGUUUGGAAAUGGUAACAUUGUUGUGCAUGGGUGACAAAACUCACAGCCAGCUAAUGGAAUAUAUGCCAGAACGCUGUGGAAAUACUCAAAACCGAGACUUUGAAGCUAUUCUAGUUGAGGUGGCCCACUAUAGAGCACCAAAUUUAGAAGCUAGUGGAAACAUGCAGCAGGGAAUGUAUGGUCCAAAACCACGUGUCUGGGAUGAAUUAUUCGACCCUUUGCAUGUUUUGCUUAGAGCUGUGCAAAGAAAAGAUUUUCAAGUGUCCAUGGACAGAUUCACCACAUAUGCAAAACAAUCCAACCAACUAAGGGCUAAUGCUACACCAUGGCCUCCCUUCCGUCAUCCUGCGCCCGUAUCUGAUGAUUACGACGAUCCACGUCUCGUUCUUCGUUCAAAAGUCUUUCACGCGAUGAUUUUUGUCAUACUGUACAAGGCAGUCAAUGGAAAAAAUAUAUCCGAGCAUAUUAUGGCAUUGGCUGUAUAUCUUUUAGAAAUGGCAGUCGUAACUGCUGAAGUUCCUGAUAAAUCUACGCAUCCUGUUUGUCAAUACAACAGUGGAGGAACUCCUCGCAUAUUCAAAGAUAUGGAUUUGGCCGGUUGGUUCAAUAGUAAUAACCUUUCCGAAAAUUUGAGGACCCUCAUACCACGGGUCGUCUUAGUUCAAGAACCGGAACAAAGCAGCUCAGAUAGUGAAUUCGAGUGGGAGAUUCAAGGAGAAAUGACUGAAGUCGCUAUGUUAAACGAUAGCGCUGACGACAGUUCCAGUGGAAUAUUGGCUCUUCCUUCAUCGGCAGACAACACCGACGUAUCUGACGAAAUUAAUAUGAAUGCCACAUCUCUUCCGGCUCUGCCAACAACUAGUGUCGAUUACACUAUGAAUUAUGCACCUGAAGACGGGGUAGUCGCCAUACCGCGUGGUGACAGCGAAGACGAAUUAUUACCUAUGACAAGAGCGUUGCCACCAUCUACCGAAGAAUCCGAGUUUUUUGCCCUCGAAUCACGUCCUACGCCAAACACGGAUGGAAUGCUCAGCCAGCCUGCUCUCCCGCCAGCAGAAGUACGUCCUGCAGUCAUGGCCGGAAACGAAAUUGUUUUUGCCAACUCCAUAAUCUCAAGGCUCAAUAAUACUAGUUCAACUUCAACCGAAAUAGUUCCGUCAACGUCAAAUUCUCACAAACACUUCAGGCGAAGAGAUCCACAAACUGGAGCAACUCAGCCUCAAAUGGUAAGAGUCGGUGAAAGCAUGAUUUCAUUGCUUCUGAAAUUGCACUCCCAAUUGUCGGGAAUACCGGACAGCUACAACCCCGAACCGAUUUCGGAACCUGAAGAAGCGAGCAGCAGUAUGGAUACUUCCAACCCUGCGCCGGAAUCGCGAAUCGGUGACGGUCCCUUCUUCAUCUCACAGUUGCUUAAGAAGAUAGCCAAUCUCGACUCCAUGUGCAAAGAAAGCAUCAUCGAGACUAGGAACAGAUUAUGGCCGAGAAUGCAAGACUGUGAAAACGAGCAGAGGGAGAGGGAGAACCGCGAGAAGGAGGAAAGGCGGAGACGAGCCAAAGAAAGGCAGGAGAAACUCAUGGCCGAAUUCGCCAAUAAGCAAAAGGAGUUCAUGGAAAAGGCUAUGGAAUCUGACGAAGCCGGUGUAUCUGGAAUGGAUUGGAAUUCCGAAGAGGGACAGACAAAGAUGGCUAGUAAGAAGGAGUAUGAUUGUGUCAUCUGCAAUCAAACUACUCCGAGUAGUGAGGACAAGCCAAUGGGUCUCGUGGUUUUGGUUCAAGCAACUAGCGUCAUUGGACACGAACGGCAGCAGCCGGAACGCUUGAUACUUCCUACAUCAGACGCAGAUCCACCUAUUCGACAUCCUAAAGAUGACACUCGCGGGGCUCACUUCGAUUACAGAAUAGAUGAAUUGAAUCGAUCGUUCUAUACGCUUUCCUGGCUGCUCACAUUAAAUUUGGGCUGGGAAGGAGGUGUCCACGUGCAAACUUGUGGGCAUCACCUGCACUUAGACUGCCUGAAAUCGUACUUACAAUCUCUUCGCGGUCCGCAACAACGGCAACAAAAUCUAGCGGUUGAUAGAGGCGAAUACAAUUGUCCUCUGUGUCGACAACUAGCGAACUCUGUUCUUCCAUUGUCGCCACAGUUAGGCGAAUGUUCAGCGGUAGUACGUUCUCGUCAUUUGUCACCUGAAACAAUACUCUUGGAACUGAAUAAUUUUCUAAAAGAAAUUCAAAGAAGUCCCACUACAUCGAAUUUGGCGGUGGCAAUGGGUAAAGCAAUGGAAGACAUGACAAGUUCUACGUAUUUAAAAUAUAAACAAAAAAGCUGGAGCCCUAGUCAUCAAAGUUUGUUCCUCUUCGUUACUUCGGUUGCACGCACUAAUUUCGAAGUGGAAUUGGUUCAGCGAGGUGGUUCACUCUGUGUUUCACCCCCAUCAAUGACUCCUCUCACACCAAAGCGUGAUUGUAUCGUUGCACUGCUACAUGUGUUGGCGGUACAUGCAAGAGUUUUAGCCAUGUGGCCAGUCCAUCAUACAUGGCAACAACUGUCAGGCUUACCGAUUGAUCCUGUCCCAGAAUUAGCGCUAACAUCAUGCGAAAAAGAAGUUCCUCUACUUCUGAGAGAUCCAACAGCUUUACUCAUACAAUUCAUACUUGUGCUUCCAUUACAUCUAGAUCAAACAUAUUUUUCCGCUGUGGUUAAGGUAUUAUAUAAUUUAUUGUACUACCAAGUUGUGGUGCAAAUAAGUUGUGGUUUAACGCAGGCUGAAAGAAAUGCUAUUAUUGGUCGAGGAAUGUUAAACGAUCAAUCAAGUCCGACUACGUCGGAGACUAUUUUAAGGACUGUGAUUACUUAUUUCCGCGAUAGCAAACUUUAUCAAAACGACGAUGCAACGUCGACUUCAUCUACAAAUCAUGCUAGGAUAAGGAGCCACGUAAUAGAACAACAGAUUCAGACGUUGUGUUUGCCUUUCUUGCGAGUGGCGGCACUUCUUCGUCACCAUUUAUAUGAACAGCCAAUACCUUUGAUUCGCUCUCCGGAGACGGAAUUUGUAAGGCUUGUUUAUUAUUUGGAAUUAGUGACCGAGGGUAUGGACUGGAGCUGUUUUAACGCGGCGGUAGCUUUGAGCUGGCACAAUGAAGAAGUUGCUGUUUCGGUACCACGGCUCUGGUGCGACCAGUUUGGUGUCUUCGUAAGCAAGAGCCAGAUUGCUGCUAGAAGUUUAAUUGUUGAUCAGCAUAUAUCAUGGCAAAUGCCGAAAUUACUUAGUCUUCCAAGAGAGUAUGAAAAAAUCUUUACGUACUAUCACGAACGGCAGUGCCGUCAGUGCCAUUCUGUACCUCAAGAAAUAAGCGUGUGCUUAUUAUGCGGUACCAUUGUUUGUCUGAAACAAAAUUGUUGUAAAAUAGCAAAUAUUUGUGAAGCUGUUCAGCAUUCUAUAGACUGUGGUGGUGGAACGGGUAUAUUUUUAGUCGUAACAUCAACAUACGUUAUUGUGAUCCGAGGAAGGAGAGCUUGUUUGUGGGGAUCCUUGUACCUGGAUGAUUUUGAAGAGGAGGACAGGGAUUUAAAACGCGGAAAGCCUCUUUAUCUAAGUCAGGACAGAUAUCAACUAUUGGAGCAACAAUGGUUGGCUCACAGAUUUGAUCAUACGAAGAAAACAUGGGUCUGGCAUCGCGAUGCGCUGUGACCUUUCACAAUGAUAAAAGCUAAUCCAUCCGACAUAUAUUGAACUUUAGAGCUAUCCCUAUGGGCCAAUGCCUCGCCAAUGUUCACAAUGCUUUAAAAGUUAAUAAAUCUCCUCUGACGGCAUAUAGAUAUUAUAUUUAUUCUGAGGCAAACAAUAGGUAAAAUAAUAUAUGUAGGUUUAAUGAUAUUUGAAAGUAUUAAUCGCGACGAAAUUUUUAUAGUGGCGUCUUUAAAACUCAUGUCUAGCAAAGAAUUUGUGUUUUCAUGUGAAAACUCCUUUAUUAAAGACUCCACAAGGUUAAAUCCUAAUAAAAUACUUACGUAUUAUAUAAUGCUUGAACUUUACAUUUUAAAAUAAGAGGACUUGUACAGUAAGGUUCAAUUGCUAGGCAUGUUGAUUUUUUUGUCUUGCAAACAAGCAAUGGAUUUGUAUUGCUUUUUUCCUUUGUGGUUAAUAUGUAAAGUAACUUGACUCUUAGUACAGACAAUACGAUAUUUUGUAAAGAUUAUGCUGCUAUAAUACUGGAAGGAACAGACUGAUGUCUUGUUAACAUAUUAUUUGUUAAGAGACUUGUGAGCUCGAUAUAACUGUUUUUGACUUCAAACCUGCAGUAAAAUACUCUGAUCGAAAAUCUUAUAAAGUGUAAUGCUCAACAGGAUACCGUUUUUUUCAACUCAUAUUAAUAAAAUUUAAUUUUCUAACAACAACUAUAUUUUCUUAGCACCAUUUAUGUGACUUUGAUAUUUAAAACUAUUGAAGAUUGUAUAAUUUUUGAAAAAAGAAAGAAACGAAGAGAAUGGACCACUGCAGAACUAAAAUGAAACGGCUGUGUACGUAUGAUUUAUAAACGUAUCGGACAACUAAAUAUGUAAUACCAUCAUGGUGUAAAAGAAAAAUUUUGCUGUACACAAAUUGUUCAACAUAUAAAUUUUAAAAAACCCAGCAGAAAAAUAUGUACACUCUUUAUUUUUGCGUAAAGAACGUUUACGACUUAUAAUUCGAGAUUGUAAAUAUGUAUAGGCGCAUAGGCCGCCGCACAGAUUGUACGUUAGGUCAAUUGCGAAUUAAACAAUUUGUACAUAACUUA